CUCAUUUUCUCUCAGGCAGGCCGUGAUGGCGGACGAUGGCGAUGGGAAGCUAAGGACUGGGGGAGAAAUAGGAGUCGGCGGCGGUGGGCCGGAGGAGGAGGAGGCCGCUGGCGCUGCUGCUGCGACGGCGGCGGCGGCAGGAGGCAGCUGGCUGGGCGGGAGCUGGCUCGACAUGCUGCUGAGCUUGGCGUUCCUGGCGAUCGCGGCGUUCCUGGCCUAUCAGCUCUACAAGCGUUGGGCGAAGCGGAGCGGGGCCGGGGGCGCGGCUCCUGCCAGCCCGGCCGACUCCCUGCCUCGCAUGAAGCGGAGGGACUUCACGCUGGAGCAGCUGCGCGACUACGACGGGGCCCGGGCGGCGCGCAUCCUGCUGGCCGUCAACGGCAAAGUCUUCGACGUGACCAAAGGCAGCAAGUUCUAUGGGCCCGGUGAGGAAGGGCCGAAGCUUUGGUUUACACUCCCCACGUGGCGGAGAGAGAGGCCUUCCCCUCCCUUUCCAUGCAAUGCAAUGCAAUACAAGACCCAGGAGGGGCCUUAUGGAAUAUUUGCUGGCAGAGAUGCCUCAAGGGGACUAGCAACUUUUUGUCUAGAUAAAGAUGCACUCAGAGAUGAAUAUGAUGACCUAUCAGACUUAAAUGCAGUACAAAUGGAAAGUGUUAGAGAAUGGGAAAUGCAAUUUAAAGAAAAAUAUGACUACGUAGGUAGACUCCUAAAGCCAGGAGAGGAACCGUCAGAAUACACAGAUGAGGAAGAUACCAAGGAUCACACUAAGCAGGAUUGAACUUUGUAAAUCACCAAAGUCAGGGGCCUUUGGAACUGCAAUCUCUUAUUCCCAUUACAGAAUCCCAUAUGUCUUCGGGUACAAUUCAUCUGCUGCAUAAAACAUGAUGGGUUUUGUACAACAUCUUUCAGAGAAGAUUUGAUUACUAGGCACUUGGUGCUGCCAAACAUUUUUGUUGUUGUUGCAGUUAAACUGUAAAGUCUGAAAGGCUUCAUUAAUGAUGUGGGGCCAGGGAUUUAAAAUGCAAAGAAAACUAUUCUUAGCAUGUUGAAGCCUUUGAACAGUUUAUUUACAAGCUUAAGUGUUUCAUAUGUCAUUUUUAUUUCUGUGGCGCUAAAAACUAGUUUUAAGGAUUCCCAGUUGAAUUUUUGCUAACGAAAUGGGAAUACUCAAACUAACUCGUGGGCCACUGAUUUCCAUAGCAAAAACCUAGUUCAUAAAUCUGCAGAUUACAGGGUAUCAAAUAGAUUCUCCUGAAGGAUAGAGGAAAAUUUCUCUGCAGAAGCUAUCAUCUGAAACCUGCCUUCUAUGCUUUUCUGUCCCCUCAAUCAAAUCAGAAUAAUUGUGCCUUAUUUCACGUAGAGACUUGAAUUGUUUUAAGGGAAAACCCCAACUGUGACACGAGUCACUAAAAGCAGCAUUGAGGACUGGUUAAUUAUUCAGUUGACUGGAAAACAUUGAUGUCAUUCUGUAUAUAGAUGUAAAGGAAUACUCAGUGUUACUGCCAUAUAUAUAUAUAUAUGUUAAUAUACAUGAACUUAAUUAGCAGUGUAAUGGCCAAAAGCAUUCCCCUUUGCUUUUUAAAUAAACCACCUCUUCCCUUUUCCAUCCUUAAAAUUCAAGGACCCUAGCCUCAUAUUUGUAAAGUGAAGGGUGUGCAUGGGUGCUUGAGUGCAAGAAAUGGGAGGAUGGUUCGUACAGAUACUGUAAAUAUGAAUACCAUUUUAAUAAAGCAUGUAAAAUACCAAAUGUGCUGUCAGACUUUAUGUAGAUGCUGUUAAGCAAAUAUUGGUGGCCAGGAUUCUGUAUGAGAGAAGAAGUCUUGGAAGAAACUGAAUAUUUUUGCACUGCUAUUAAAUAAAGCUUUACCCAGCUAUCUUUUUUAUUUAGUCAUCACAUGAAAUUCACAACAAAAUGUGACUCGGCAGUUUAUAUGAAUAUGUAAUGAGCGCAAUGGCACACAGUAAUGGAGCAUAUCUGUAUGUAAAAAUGUUUUUGUUUAUCUGUUUUUGUUAAAGGUUGUCAUUCCUUUUUUCAGCAUUUAACAACACAGCUUCUUUAGUGUUUGUCAAUAUGGCAAGUAAAUCCAGAAACAGAAUAAUGCUUUCUUGAAGUAAUCUGCUCUUAUCUAGCCAAUAAAACAACACUAAGCCACUCUCAGCAACCAUCAUUAGCCAGGUGAAUCAUGCAGUAUGACAGCAAUGUGUGUAGAGCAUGAAAAAACAUAGCUGUGAUCUGUGUGAUAUAGUGUCUAACAAGUAACAUCCUUGUUCCAACAUGACCAAACAGGCUCAUGCUCAGGUUGACUCAUGGGAAGAAAUUGUUCAUGUGGUGUUCACAAGAAAGGUUUUCUAGAUCCACUGUCCCUUUCUUUUAUGUGAUCAUACUGUUGUCAUUUGGUAAUUUGAGACUGUCUUAAUCUUCCCCUGGUGAGCCAGUUACAACUCCUCUACUCCAAAAUUUUAUUCCAUAAUUGAAAUUAUGCAGACUGUUUCAAGAAGUGAAGAACCUGUGCUCUUUUUUUUAAAAAAAUGAAUAAAAAUAAAGUGUUCUGUAGAUACA